GGACCGUUAGCACUAGUUCAGCUAGCAGUGCUACCGGACCAAAUUCGGUGGCGCCUUUACUCCCGACAUUACGGUUACGUAUGGACAUGCGCCACUAUCGCAGCAGCAACAGCAGAGCAGAAUGGUAACGUUGUUUUUUGAUGGAGAUCACGGAAACUACAUUAUAUUCGUCGUUGUAUUCGUGCUGUCGGUAGCCGUAUGAAAACCGGGGCAGUUAUGCCACUAAUCAGCAAAAUAUGCAAGCAUUCGUUGCAUUUCCAGCCAAAUCUGCUCGGUUGCAUUGUUAGCAUUGUGAUAGCAAUGUAGGUAAUGUUAGCUGGGACGCCUGGACAGAAAUAGCCAGCACUCAAGGAACCAGCAGCCUGCUCCGCUGUUUGGACCUGCGUUGUGUACACUAUUUGGCCAGUUUAAGUUUCUCUGGAAUGCAUCUCUCCAAGAAAUGUUCCGUCUUCAAAGUGGUGCUGAGUGCUCUGAUGAUAGUGGCGCUCCUGCAGCUAAUAUACCUGUCUUUCUUAUCCAAGUUUCACGGUAAGCAGCAGCGGUACCGAUACUCUGAGCUCUUUGGAGGCUCUGGGGGCAAGAAAAAUGGGCACCCCGAGAAAAACUCGCGGAAGGAGCGUCUGAGGUACUCGCUGUCUACUGGUGGGAUGUUUGACAACAGUGGUCAGUACCGGGUGUACAAAAACUUGAUCAAAAGUGAUUUCACCACAAAUCAGAAACCAGGAUCCGACCCCAGCUCCAAUGUCCUGGCUUUAGCCACACACACAACCAUCAACAACUUGCAUCACCUGGAAUCUCUUCUGGGAAGGUGGCAAAACCCUCUCUCUGUGGCCAUAUUCGCACAUGGACAAGAUGUCAGGUUUGCCACAGCUCUGGUCUAUGCUCUCAGCUUCUUCUGCCCUCAGAUUCAAUCUCUGGUGGACUUCCACUUGGUCUGCCUCUCGGGGGAGAUGGCCAGUUUCCCUGAGCAGGACCGUGAUCAUUUUGCAGGGCUUGAGGACUGUGCCUCUGUGUUCUCCAGACUGGAGACCCACAGAGAUACAUACAAGAACUAUGCCAUCAGUGGAAAUGUCUCCUACCCCAACAAUCUUCUUCGUAACGUUGCCCGGGGUGGCACAGAGUCCUCCUACAUCCUGGUCAUUGACAUCGACAUGAUGCCGAGCGCUGACCUGCACCAGCAGUUCUUGGCCCUGAUCAUGAGGCGUGAGUCAGUUAGUGAUGAGGUAUUUGUGUUGCCUGCCUUUGAGAUCCGCCACGCCCGGAAGAUGCCUGCCAACAAGGCAGAGUUGGUUCAGCUCUACCAGGUCGGUGAGGUCCGGCCUUUUUAUGAAGAGCUGUGCCCUCGCUGUCAAGCCCCCACUAACUACUCACAGUGGGUCAACAGCCACGUUAGAGAGACAGGCACCCUAGAGGUUGCCUACACGCUCACCUGGGUGGACCCCUGGGAGCCCUUCUACAUCGGGCCCCACACUGUGCCCCUCUAUGAUGAGAACUUCAAGCAAUAUGGCUUCAAUCGUAUCAGCCAGGCCUGCGAGCUUCAUGUGGCCGGAUACAAGUUCUCGGUGCUGAGCUCAGCCUUCGUGGUACACCGGGGCUUCAAGAUCCAGGGGGAGUUCCACGCCAGAAAGGACGAGGAGAAUAAACGCAACCGGGUUCUGUUUCGCAGCUUCAAAGAGGGCCUGAAAACCAAAUACCCAUCCUCCAAUCGACGGUGCUGAAACAAGAUGAGGACUAAUACAUCCUGCCUCUAUCAGUCUCUAAUCAGUCUUCUGUGGCAAUGAUGGACGUACAUUGUUCAUUUUAACCAGAUUUAGCUUCCAGUCAGGCUCUCCUCUGCCUAAAACGUCCUAUUUUUUUUCCUUUGAUUUUUUGUGAUGACAGCACAGUAUGAGUUUAAUCUAAUUCAACUCUUGGGUUUAUUUCAAGUCCCUCUAAAAGUGAACAGCAGGGAAAUGUUCUUUGGGGAUUUCUGAGAGCCUCCUGCUAGUUGGGACUGAAAGUAAGAAAUGAUCAUUCAAGACUGACAAAACUGGCGAGCGACUUUUUGAAUCAAAUGCAAAUCCAAAAUCUAGAUGCCAUUUGAUCAACGGUAAUGUAGCAUACAAGGUACAUUUUCAAAAUAUUUUUGAGCUUGUCCAGACACAAAAAUAGACACAAAUGUGACCGCAAGAUUCAGUCUACCUAUUCACCCCGAAAGAUUUUCUAAGAAACAAAAGACCUAAUUUCACUUUAUGUACUGAAACAGUUCCCAGGUUCUACUUUUUGUGACAGCCGAUCAAAAAUUGCCUUGUUCCUCAAAGUCCAACUGAAAUCACAUGUAGUUAUCCCUCUUUGCUGUCAAGAGCAAUGUCAAAUGUAUAGUUGAUAGUUUUUAUUAUAUAAAGGAAGAAAAAAAGGGUAUUUCUAUCCCAAAGAUAGAACUGUGACGUCGCAAAUAUGGUUUCAAAUGAAACAAAAUGACUGGCUGUAUGAUUAGGAAUCAACGAUGUUGUCUGACCACCAGGUGGCAACAGGCACUUGAGUGUUAAGUGCAGAGUUGCAGUAUAUAUAUAUUUUAACCUGAAGUGAGUGUUUGAAAACACUAUAGAGCAGAACACAGGGAUUACACAACACCAGUCUUGUUUGGCGCUCAGGGGGAUGUGAAUUUGCUCCACGCCACAACUGUCAGCACAUUUCAGACAUUCUAAUUACUCUGUGAGUCCUUGUUCUUGUAGCAAACUGUCUGAAAAGAGAUUACUCACAAGUCAAGAGGACAACAAAGCACUGGGAAACUUUACAUAGAACAAUGUACAACACUAUGAUUUCGCCAGCACUGUGGAAAACUACUGUAUUAUAACACGACUGAUCUGACGCCGUCAGUCGGUUAGAUAAUCUAGAGUUAGGGGUUUUCUCCUGAAGUAGACUACAGGACGGGGCCAGUGAGCUACAGGUAGAAAUGUAGCAAGGUUAAAAAUACUGCACAAUGUAAAUAUAAAAUGCAAACUAAACACGUGUUGUCAAAAGGAUUUCUGUGGAAUUGUCCAUCUCAACACCACUAUAAAACAAUUGAUCUUAAAACUCUUGUAUUAUUCUGUAACCUACUGGUACAUUCAGCACAUACAGUAUUAAACCUUGACUACCACUCUUGUCAUAUAAACAGCAUAUGUACUGCAAGUUAUGCAUAUACAAAAAAAUGUUUGGUUAGUUUUAAGUGUUGAUAUGUAAUUGUGGCUUUUAAGGAGAUUUAAACAUGUUUUCCCUCCUUACUUGUAGUGUUUAUGAUCUAUUUAUUGUGAAAUGUUUUCUUUCAACUGGAAUUGGUUGAACCUUUUUUUUUUUUUUUUUUUUUUUGACUCCAAGCAGGAAAACUGUAGCACGGAAUUGUGAUGCGAAAAUGUGGUUUGUUAUGGAACAUUUUUAUUUUAGAACCACUAUUUAACAUUUUUAUUUGGUAUUUUGUAAGUGAGAUCAAUUUCAACAAAUGAUCUUGUGUGAUGAUGUGAUGCUUUACUUUUUUGUAUUUAUUUUUUCUUUUGUGUUAAAAUGUAAUGCCCGAUUGGUAUUGUUGGAUUUCUAUUAAACCUACUGGAUGACUGUUAUGUGACCCAUAA